AUGGCCGCCAUGACAUCGCUCUUGCUGCGUCCCUCGAAGCGCUUGCUACAAUUCCAGCGCUCCGUACGACCUCCUGUGCCAUUCCAGAUGGCAGCGUUCAGCUCCCCCACUGGUAAUACUAGUGCUGCUACAGGUCUUACAUCGUUACAGAAAGCUUCGCUGGCUCUAGCUGCCAUGUUUGGUGGCGGGUAUGCUAUCGGAUACUUCUUUGGACCCUUCCCGUUUUUGGAAGACCUCAUGGGAGUUAAAGCUAUUGGAGGAGCUUCAAAGUAUAAGGGAGAGCUGCUUGUGACGGACAAAGUGUUCUUUGACAUUGGCAUCAAUGGUGAUUAUGUAGGCAAAAUUGUGAUGGGUCUGUAUGGACAAGUACAACCUCGGACGGUAGAGAAUUUCCGAGCAUUGUGUACGGGAGAGAAGGGCGCGUCGCGUGCAGGACCACCUUUGUGGUACAAGGGUUCAAGCUUUCACCGCAUCAUUCCCGGAUUCAUGAUCCAGGGCGGUGACUUCACUCAGUUCAAUGGCCGUGGUGGAGAAUCUGUCUACGGACGUCGCUUUGAUGACGAAGACCUGAGUGUGCCUCAUGGAGGUCCUGGCACGUUGAGUAUGGCGAACGCUGGCAAGAAUUCUAACGGAAGCCAGUUCUUUAUUUGCACGGGCGAUACACCAUGGCUGGAUGGAAAGCACGUGGUUUUUGGACGAGUGCUGGAGGGUAUGGAUGUUGUAGACAUUGUAUCGAGCUGCGGACGACGCUCUGGCAAGCCCAAGGCUGAAGUCAAGAUCAUCAAUUGUGGUAUAUUGGAUGCGAACACUGCUACCGAAGGCGGUGCAGGCGAAAAGAAGCCGCGACGAAUGACGCGGGAAGAAAUGCUGGAUCGUCUCGACUCGUUGCGUGAGGUGGAGGGUAAUUUCUUGGCUCAGAAGGAGCAGAUUGAUUCCACCAUGUAUAAACAGUUGAUGGUAGAGAUUAAACAUGAGAAGCUGCGUAUAAAGAAGGAGCUGCAGGAACCACAGCAAGAAGAGCAAGCUAUUUCAGACAAGGAAUCUUAA